AUGGCCCCCUCUGCAGUAUCGCCUCCACCUCAGAUUACCAGCAAGCCUAUCGUCAAGCUAUGGAGCAGGCCACAAAAAACAACAGAGGACCUCGACUGGGCGCCACUGACUACCAUCGAUUUGUCUCGAUUCGAUGAGCCAGCCGGCAAACAAGAGCUAGCAAAGCAGCUGUACGAUGCGAUCACAAGAGUUGGAUUCUGGGUUGUCACUGGAUCUGGUAUCGACGAUGAACGAGUUCUGCGCCAGUUCAGUAUUGGCAACACAUUCUUCAAGGAGCCCCUUGAAGAGAAGAGGAGGUUUCCGUGCAACUUUGCGGAGGGCGAGUAUUUCGGGUACAGGGAGAACGAGAGGUGGAUCGGUGAUACUGGCAUUAAGGAGAACAUCGAAAUGCUUAAUAUCCACAAAGAUAUACCGGCAUGGAAAGACGUUGGAAAGCAUCAGGUCGUUGAAGAAAAUUGGGAAGAGAUACGCAACUUCCACCGCGAUGUCUGGGAAGUUGCCCGCAAACUUUUCGUCCUGAUCGCCAUCAUCCUCGAAUUGCCUGAAAAUUAUCUGGCGGAUGCACAUGCAUAUGAUCAAAUCUCAGACGAUCAUCUAAGAUACAUGAUCUACAACGUGCGCACACAAGAGGAGUGGGACAAGGCACAAGCAUACUCAACAGGUGGACACACAGACUUUGGCAGCCUAACUCUACUGUUCAGUCAGCAUGUCGCUGGGUUGCAGAUUAGAACGCCAGAGGGAGAGUGGAAGUAUGUGAAGCCAGUGACCGGUGGUAUCACUUGCAAUGCGGCAGACACACUGACGUUCUUGACCAAUGGCUUCAUUAAAUCCACCAUCCACCGUGUUAUUACACCACCCAAAGACCAGAUCAACAUCCCCCGUCUGGGACUACUGUACUUCAGCCGACCUGGUAAUCAUGCGCCGAUGCGUACUGUACCUUCACCGCUGCUGGAACGCUUGGACUUGAUCAGGGAGGAGGACAAGGACUUGAGCAGACCAGUCCCGUCAGGUACUGAGUAUGUGCGAGCCAGAGUCAAGGAUGUGCAUCACAAGAAGGUAUUGGAUAAGCGAGAGGGGACGAGUUUCCAGUACAAGGGGUUGGAAGUGAAGAACUUCUAUAAGUAA